GACCCAUCUAUGUCUUGAGCUAGUCACGACGUGUAUCACCCAAUGCGUAACAAUACCGGACUAUGUAACAUAACCUGAUCCGGGAAUUGGUUUUGAUAGUUUUCACUCCUUGCAAAAUCGUAUCAUAUGAUGUGAAAAUGGCUCAUUCUGCUCAAAAAGGAAGAUUAAUUGCAGUAAUUGGUGAUGAAGAUACCUGUACUGGGUUUUUGCUGGGAGGAAUUGGAGAGUUGAAUAAAAAAAGAGAGCCAAAUUUUCUUGUUGUUAAUAAAAGCACUCCUCGCCAUGACAUAGAAGAAGCAUUUAGAGGAUUUCUGAAGAGAGAUGAUAUAGCUAUUGUUUUAAUAAAUCAAACAAUAGCAGAAGAAAUAAGAUAUGCAAUAGAUUCACAUGACCAGCCAAUUCCAGCAGUAAUAGAAAUCCCUAGUAAAGAUGCACCAUAUGAUGCUAGCAAAGAUUCUAUAUUGAGAAGAGCAAAGGGUAUGUUUUCAGCAGAGGACUUUAGAUGAGAUCUGAUGGACAUUAGUAUUACUUGUGAAUGUAAUCAGGACAGUAGAUUAGGCUUGACCAAUUGUAGCUGGACUCAAUUAAUGUUAACUUUUUUUUGUUAUGCACUGGCAAAAUGGUUAUUUAUACUGAAAAUAUAUAUGAUAUGAAAGCAAUUUGAAUAAAAAGCAUGAAUGAAAAAAAUGGUAAAUUUGACUUUUCACAUGAAUAACAAAAUAAAUAGUAUGUUUAUAGCAAACAACCUGAUAGAAAUUUCAAUUUCAAUGUACAUUUAGAUUGGUGUUUCACCUGUAUCCAGGAAACCCACAAAAAAGUGGUUUCCAACAAUAAUAAUGAAUCCAGUGUAUGAAAAUUAUCAAAAAACGUCUAUCCAGCUUUAUUAAUCAUUUAAUUUUUCAUGUACAUGUAAAUCUUAUAUUUAUAUACUUAUUUCUUUCUAGUCAAAGAAUGUCAUUCCAUUAAGUUUGAUAGAACUUUGUAAAUGUGAUGUAGCAAUGAAUAAAUAUGUAUGUGGU